UUGCUUCACUUCUGCAUUGAAGACAAUUUCAAAUAGUUCUUUUACAUUACAAGUUGUCAUUCACGAUAACAAUGAACUCAGCAAAUAGUCUACUGUUAAUUGUCAUUUUCUUAAUCUAUUUUCAAGGUAAUUCUAAUUCGCAAAAUUGCAAUUCACUUCCAAAUAUCGUUAAAAAUUAUUUGCAAAGGAAUGAUGAAAUAAGACAAAUAUUCUUAUUUGUAAAUGAUGACACUGAACAACACAAUGAAAUUACAAAUUUGCUCAGCUUCCCAACAAUGGUAUUUGACAUUCAAAAUAUAACAGAAUUGUAUUCCAUUGUACAUAAAAAUGGUCCCUUUUUUGAAGAACCACGAGCAACAUUGUUGCUUGUAACUUGUCUUUCAUCAGUUUAUUAUCCACUUGCGGUACUAUCAAAAAUAGUGGAUUUUUUGAAUCGUUAUGCUCCAGCAAAGAGACGAUCAAAAGUUUUAGUUGCCUUGGAAAGAAAAAAGAACCAAAAUCACAAAGAAGUACUUAAAUUUAUGUGGUCUAAAAAUUUUCUUGAUGUAACCAUUUUGCAGCUUGAUAAGAAGCAAAAUACAACAGAUUAUUUUUUAUCUGCCAAUAAAAAUAUGAUCACUAGGCAAUUAUUUUACAAUCCAUUUUCUAAUAAAUUUGUUCAAAAAAAAAUCUCAUGCAAAUUAGAUUUAUUUCCGGACAAGUUAAACAAUUUACAUGGAUAUCCUCUGUCAGUUGGAUUUUUCCACUAUCCACCUUAUGUAACUAUUUUUCGAAACUCAACAGGUCAUGUUAGAUAUUUAGAUGGUAUUGAUGUUGUUACUGUAAAAUCACUAGCAAGAGCUAGAAAUUUUAAAAUUAUUGAGAAGAUUACAAACAAAACUUCCUGGGACAUUGGAAAUAGCGUUAAAGAAAAAAACGAAGGCAUGCUUUUAGAACUAAUAUACAACAGAUUGCAUUUGAUUGGGAAUCAGGCAAUUAAGCCUCCAAAAUUUUUUACUGAUCUUUUGUCAGUAAGUGAAAAUUAUCAAAUCGUCUAUUACUUUGCAGUAGUACCAAUUAUUUUCACUGAUAAUGCCAAUUAUGUGAAUAAUAAAUUCGAAAUAUUCCACAUUUUAUCCUUCUUUGGCCUAUUACUUUUUAUUUGGAUUACAUCUCGAGUUUUAAGAUUUAAUCUAAAAAAUUGGCAAAUUACAUACAUUAUGGAAAUUGCUCUUGGAUUUAGUGUACCACAAAUGCCAAAAUCCUUAAUCGAAAGAAUAAUUAUGGGAUCUGUGCUUUUGGCUUGCUUUUUUUAUUCGUCGGAUAUUUAUUCAACAUUUACAAAAUCAAGUUUACCAGCAAUUUCAAAUAAGGAAAUGAAAACUCUUGAUGAUUUGUUUAUGUCAAAUCUCUCAUUGUAUACCACUUAUAAUAUGUACAGACUGGUAACAUUAAAUACAGAAAGUAAUGCAGUGAAAUUCUAUAAGAGAACUGUUGUAAAACCAAUAACUGACGAAGAUUGCAUUGAAUAUUUGCUGAAGUAUAAAAAUGUAUCAUGUAUGAUGCGUGGUCCUCGAGCACAUUUAGCUGUCAAAAGUAAUAGAAAUGAGAAUGGUCAACCAUUGAUAAAGGUUAUUAAAGAGUAUGUCUCGUUAUAUCCAGGUAUUUUUGAAAUGGAAGCAGCAUCUCCAUAUGUCAAAUUAUUUGAACGUGUUCUAAUAAAAUUAGAAGAAGUUGGAAUAUACAGAAAAUGGUCUAAAAUUUAUAUUGAUUCAGAAUUCACAAGUCAUACUACUACCUCGGGAAAGUUAACUUUUGAUGUGUCGGAAAGUAGUAAGGAUCUAAUAGAAAUUAUGGUCUACAUUUUGGUUUUUGGAUUUACUUGUUCUAUUAUUGUAUUUAUUGGAGAGAUCUUGUUUCAUCGAAGAAAAAAUGUAAUCACAUGCGUUCCUGGUUGAAAUGACGAAUUAAGAGAUAGAGAAAAAUUAUAGAGAAUUCUUGAUCUCAUUUUGUGGGCCUUACAAAUUUCAGCGAAGUUGGUUAUUUUUAUAAAAAAAAAAGAUAAAUUGAAGUGUAUGAACCGGUAAAUCAUAAUGAAAUUAAAAAAAAACAUAUUUUCCUAAGUUCGAAACUUGGUAUUCUAAUGUUUUUGAGGUCGCUAAAUUCAAAUAUCUUGGUUAAAUUAAAAAAUUCAAAAUGUCGGAAUCAAUUUUUAAAAAAUACUUGGAUUUGAACUAAACUUUGUAUUUAACCGACAUAUUUUAAUUCAGCGGCCUCAAGAACAUUGGAAUACCAAAUUUUAUUUAAAUUUAAGCAUUUUUAAAACAUUUUAGUCCGCCAUAUUGGAUCCAUCAUUUUGAAUUUUCCUAUUUCCUUAAUAAGAAAUCUCUAAAGAGUAACGUAACGCGUAUCCCAUUGGUCGGAUCUUGAACCUGAUUCUUUUCUCCCUUUCAUCGUCGCGUUAAAGUGAGACACAUUCUUUUUUUUCUAUUUAUCCACGUUCUGUUUUCUGUGUGUUUAUCAUGAAAGCACGUUCAGAGGAUAAUUUGAAAUUUAGGAACGAUCUUUUUUAUCGACACAUGGAAAGUUUUUUCACAGAAUUUCUAUUUCAUCGUUUUUUCACAUUACAGAAUUGUUACUUAACCAAAUAUUGAUUUAACAGAAUU